AUGCCCUCCAAGUCCAUGAGGAAAAUCUUCCAGGGCAUCCAGACUUCCUCAGAGAAAAACAGAACUCUGCAGUACCUCUCGGCUGCCGGAUCUGUCAACCGGAACUUAGAAGUUACAACACAGGCUUUGGCAGAGGAUUCCUUCUUCUCCAGAAUCAGGAAGUUCUGGCAACGCCUUGAGAAGGUGUUUGCUGGAUUCCAACAACUCAGAAGGACUUCUCAUUCCAGCCUCCCAGCACAGCCCCUACCCUGGCCUGCAUGGCAGAAAGAGCUUUCAUCCCGAGUCCUGGGCCCUCGUCUCCAGCAAGUCUUCCAGAAUUAUCAAGCAAUGAACAAGUAUCGAGUGCCGUCAGGUGCUGGGCAGCGCCCAGGCAAUCCACACCUAACUGGAAUGGAGCUCUUGUGCCAGCUGAAAAAUCGUGUGAAUGUAUCCACUGUGUUGGGUAAUGAAGGACCCUUUGCAGAACCUGAAUGGAGGGGUAUGCUGCCUCAGAGGAGCUUGGCAGAAGAUCUGGGUCACCUGGAGACAUGUGCAGUUGUGAGCUCAGCUGGCUCCAUGUUGGGGUCAGGACUGGGCAGUGAGAUUGACUCCCAUGAUGCUGUCCUUCGUUUCAAUGGAGCCCCAACCACUGGCUACGAACAUGAUGUGGGCACCAAAACAACACUCCGUCUUGUGAAUUCCCAGCUGAUGGCUUCUCCAGAGCAGCAUUUUCUAGAUGGACAACUCUAUGCACAGGGAACUCUGGUCGCAUGGGAUCCAGCCCCUUACCCAGGGGACCUAGAAGAGUGGUACAAGACCCCUGAUUAUCCUCUCUUUGAACCAUUCCGUACUUUGCGGGCCAACAGACCUUGGCAGCUGUUCCAUCUCUUGCACCCACGACUGCAGUGGGAGCUCUGGCAGCUGGUGCAGGAAGGGGCUGAUGAGCAGGUGCAACGCAACCCUCCAUCUUCAGGCCUGCUGGGGACAGUGCUAAUGAUGUCCUUGUGUGAACUUGUCCACGUGUAUGAAUUCCUACCGUCUCAACGGCAAUCCCACCAGUGUCACUAUUACCAGGAUUUCUCUGAUGACGCUUGCACCCUAGGUGCUUACCACCCACUGCUCUUUGAGAAGAACCUGGUGCGGCGCAUGAACCGUGGCACACAGGCUGACUUGGCACAACGGGGCCGUGUGACUCUGCCAGGCUUCCAAGUCCUGAACUGCACUCAGAAGGACUAAAAACUGCAGCAGGGUCUGAAGCAAGGGUAUGCACCACCUAACCUGGAAAAAAAUACACAAGGCAGCUGGAAACACAGUAAAAAAACCAUCAAUCAACACAAAAUGCAUCAUGAAAAAUCUAUAAUUGUCAGCCCUGAAGUUGGAGUUAAGAUCAGUGAAGGAAGCUGGAAAGUGGAUGGAUCGUAGGUGGGGGAAAACCCACAAAUCUGAUUAAAUACAAGUUACAGGCCAUGACUGAGCUAACUCUGUGGCAGUGGUGGAGGGGAAGAAGAAUUUUUCCUCUGCGUCUCUCGUUCAUCCAACAGAACGUUCUUGAGUGAUGUGCAGACUUUUGAAACCUAGCCUGGAAGGGGGAAUUAGUGGAAUUCGCAGUAGCCUACUACUGUAUAAUACACGCACAAGACAUUUGUAACGUUGCUUGCUUCCAUUAUGUGUUUGACUCUGCAAAUGAUGUCUAAUGGAAAUGUCCAGAGCACUAUCUGCCCUAGUGGACAGGGGUUAUUUUUACUUAUUAGACAUUUGGUUAUGGAUACAGUGAUUGUGUGAGUUCUGGCUAAGAUUAUAUUGGCACUUCCACUCUGGUACCAUUUUCACUUCCCAAAUGCAAUUUGAAGGUGACUUUUGACUGUCCUCACUUCCAGUGAAAUUGAGCUGCUGAGAAGAGAAAAUCAUGUAGAGAAAUUUAGUUGGGUUCUUGAGAAAGGGGUGGCAGAGAAGAACCAUUUACUCAGCCUGGGAAAAUAGAAAGUGUGAGAGAAAGAUUCAGAACAGCCCCCCCCCUUGACCUUUUUGUCCUUAAAAAGGGCUAGUGAUUUGGACAGGCUUUUAAGAUUCUGUCAAUAUACCCUACAACAAUAAAGUAGGAUUCCUGCAAUCCCUGCAGGAUCUGCUUCUUGACUUGGCCUGCCUCAUAGGGCUGACAAUCACAGACCCACCCCAAGCUACAGAUUCUCUAGAAAUAAAAACCACCUCACGCCUACUGUACAGAAAAGAGAAGGGAAAAGAAAUCAAGCAGCCUGAUAUUUCAUCUGCCAGCUCUUGGGUAGAAAGGAAGGCGAAAACUAAAAAAACUCUUCUCACUUCAUCCCUAUUAAUCCUAUGGGCUUCAAAGUGAGAAUCAAAUUUACAGAAUCAGCCCUUAGAUAACCAAAAGUCCAGGAGCUGGGAGGAAAGGUGGUGCAGAAUCAUUGCAGCUAAGAGAACCAUAGCUUUGUAGUAGUUUCAGCUACACCACAGCUGAGCUGGGAAUAUAUCAGUUCAGCUUUCCAGCACAGCUGGUAUCACGGGGUCCAGAGAUCUGGACCUGCUUUCAAAUCCUCAUGUCUUCUGCAGCUCCUUAUAUAGUAACCAUUUCAGCUGAUAAAUUAGUGAGAUAGAGCAAGAUGGAUUGGCCAUGAUUGUCCAUGUUCUGAUAAAUGUAUCCCAUUUGGAUACAUUUACAUUUUGGACUGCCAUUGAUAAUAGUGCAGAAACUUCCAUUGGUUCAAAACAGGUUGCAGGGAUAUUAAUUAAGACUGGGCUUUUGAUCACAGUAUGUCAAUUUUUUUAACCACUGCAUGGCUUACAAUCUUCCUGAAUGAGAGUUUUUUCCUAAAACGAGUGGAGACCAGGCUAUAUUAGGGUCAUCACACUUUUGCUGCCACUUAAUGAGCAUCUGGUUUUUCGCAGCCCAGAUCUGGUAGCCUUAGAUUAUGCGAAAUAGGACUUCAAGGACUAUGUUGUCGUUUGACGCUAUCUUGUAUGGCCUCUGAGUGGGAUAAUAAAUUGAAUAAAUCAUAUAUCUUCAGUUUGACAGGAAUUUGUUUAGCUGUUUAUUAUUUUGCUUUUUAAAUGUUUUGUGUAUUUUUAAUUUGCUUUUCCUGAUAAUCACCAGAUCUUUUAGUUUGCUUUCUGACAGUGGAUUGUUUUAAUGAGGAUGCUGUAAAGCCACUCUGCCUGCAUUCAAACAACAGGGAGUACCAUAUGGGCAGAAAGAAAGGUCAGUUGU